GGGUGUCGAUCUGCUGCGUGCAGCUGGUUUCGGCCCCGCCGCGGGCAGCCUCCCUCGACGCAAUGGCGCCUCCGGCGCCCGCUGCCGUUGUUGGUGGAGCUGCCGUUGUUGGUGGUAGGACUCAGCGAUGCUCCACAGCGACGCUCGCUCAGUCAGCCGACGGUCGUCGCUGCGCAGUUGGUCCAUCCAAGCGGCGCUGUCGCCUCGGCGCGGGCAGCACACCGCCAGCAUCACCUGCACGCCGUGGCCAGUUUAAGAGCGAGUCGCGAGGAUUUCGUUGCCGAUUUUUUUGGGGGGCGUACCGUUCAACCCUUUAGGGCAGCCCAGCGUUGUCAAAUGUUGCGCAGCAGUUGCACGACGACGGUGGGCGCACCCUUCCAGAUAAGUUCCAAGGGAGUCCAACACGGCCCCAGAUGGCUUCCAAACGGCCCAAGGCGCCCCAGGGAGCACAACAUAAUAUGAUGCAGCAUCGGAACCGGCGCAGUUUUGGCACGGUUCCGGCCGCGGCUCAGGCUCGUCACGGGUCCGAUGCGGCCCGCGGCGCGCAGUCCACCGAAGAUGCAGCAGAAUGCCAUGGUAGCAAAGCUUGCCCCGAGCCGGUGCUUCCCGCGCCGCGGCGGCGCCGCGGGUCCUGACGGGAGGUGCGCGGCGGGAGGGCAGGAGGCACCAGGGCGGCAGUUUUUUUCGACGGCGAGCCCGAGGGGGAAAGGUCCGAGCCACCUCUCCGAACCACCUUGCGGGCAAGAUGUUUCUCCACUCUGCCAGGUCGCACGUACGACUCCAGCCGCAGACAUGUAUGCUUGUGGGAUGGUUUCCUCUGUGUGCAAGCUGUAGUUCGGUUCGAGCGCAGCUCUGACGGACGCAUCCACAUGGCGAAUUUUCCGACGCUCCGGCGCAGCACGAUGCUUAACUGGCGCUGCUGUGCAUCUUGGCGUUCUUGACCCACGUGCGUGCCUCGCGACUUGUGCUUUAGCAAAACGAA